AUGUCGGGAGGAGAUUGCGUGCCGUGACCCCGAGGGACCCCCACUCCCCCUUCCCCUCCUCGUCGCACCCCCGAGGGACGCAGGAAACUCCUUGUUUUGCCGCCCUUGGUUUCUCGAAAUCAGACAGUCACAUGUGAUGGUAAACAAAAGAAAAGCACUUCAGUAGGAAAUGUGUGGGAGAGACAAGAGAGCAGUGAUGACGAGUACAGCGAGGAAAAAAAACAAAGUGGAGAAGCGACCAGAGUGGCCCCGGGAAUCAGGAAAAGCGAUCAGCAUGGGACACGUGGGAUGGCUGUCAAUUCGGGCAAAAUGUAUGAAAACUUAAUCCAGAGGAUAAAGCAGCUGGAGGGGGAAGUGGACAAGCUCAAGUCCCAGCUGAAUGGAAACCACAUGGAGAGCAGUCCGUCUCCCAACAACCAGAAGAUCAAUGUUAAAAAAGGAAAGAAAGCAAGCAAGGAGCGGCCGUUUGACUUCUCUGCACACCCUCGCCGCCACGUUGCCCUACGUCUGGCCUACCUGGGAUGGGCCUACCAGGGCUUCGCCGUCCAGGAGAACACGGACAACACAGUUGAGGCCAGGCUCUUCGAAGCCCUUCUCAAGACGCGCCUCAUCCAGGACCGACAGAGUUGGAACUAUCACCGGUGCGGACGCACAGACAAAGGCGUCAGCGCCUUUGCCCAGGUGAUAACAAUCGACCUACGCUCCACACAGCAUUCCGGGUUGGGCGUCUCGCUUCCUGAAAACGCCAAAAAAGAUGCCCUCGCCGCUUCCGAGCUUCCCUACGUGAAGAUGCUGAACAGAGUACUGCCUCAGGACAUUCGGAUUUUAGACUGGGCCCCUGUCGCUGAGGGCUUCAGCGCACGUUUCGAUUGCCGGUCCCGCACGUACCACUACUAUUUUCCACGAGGCUCUUUGGAUGUGGCAGCAAUGGCGAACGCUGCGAAAAGAUAUGAAGGCACCCACGACUUCCGUAACCUGUGCAAGAUGGACGUGGGUAACGGCGUCCUGCAGUUUGAGAGGACCAUCCUGUCAGCAAAGGUCAAGCCGGCAGAACCCCUGCGUGCAGACAGCACAGACCCACACGACUUGUUCGUAUUUGAGAUUCAAGGACUCGCCUUCCUCUACCACCAGGUUCGCUGCAUGAUGGCCGUGCUGCUUCUGAUUGGACAGAAGUUGGAAGCGCCAGAAAUUAUCCAGAGCCUCCUUGAUGUUCACAACAACCCCAGGAAGCCACAAUACAGCAUGGCGGUGGACUACCCGCUUGUCCUGUAUGACUGCCACUUUGACGGCCUGAGCUGGAAGCAGGAGACCGAGGAGCUUAGUCUCGCCCUAUCUUCUCUUCAGCAACAAUGGACGCAGAGCGCGGUCAAGGCUCAAGUCCUGCGCGACAUGAUUCGGGGCUUGGAGCCCAUGAGCGGGGUGUCCUCCAGCCUAUGCUUGCUGGUGGAAGGCAGCCGCCAAAGGAAAUACCGGCCCUUGCUGGAGCGCCCACUCUGUGAAAGUCUUGAGUCACGCAUCGAGCACUUUGUGAAGAGAGGCCGGCUGGAGUUGGAGGAGGGUGAGGGCAGCGGAGAAACUGUUCACAAAGGGAAGCGAUCCAAAUAUUCUCAAAAUGCACCUGUUGUGUCUGAGGUGGAGGGGGCCGGUGUUCCGUGAAAUAAACACACCUCUCAAUCAA